AGUGGUCUUCCCGCGGAUCGGCUGCACUGCGAUAUCUCAAUAUACUCCGUCACCCUGGACGCCCCAUGGUCUCUCCCCUUUCUCGGCUGUCCUUGGGGGACGUUGAAGGGAUGAUGAGUCAGCGUCAACGACAGUAACACUGGCCAAUCAGAGGCAAUGCCGCUAGUCCGGAUGAGAAGUAACCUUAUUGGCAUGUGGACGAAUGAAAAGCUGUCGAUUUGGGCGGGGCAUCUUAAUAAGCGAUAAGGCGCCACGUUGUUCCGGGCCGAGACCCGUUGGCCAAUUAGGGCGGGGGAAGCCGGCAAGCAGAAGCCCUUGCAUAUCGAAAAAGAGGCAGGGAAGAAAAAAAGGGAGCACAGCACAUUGAUACAACCGAGAUGCAGGACGUCGCGGGCUUGAAGGCACUUCUAGAAGACGCUGUCUCUGCGUGAUGGGUGCGAGCGCUGGCCGGCUGUUUCGCGAUCAACACUGGAAGCUCUGGAUCUUGGGACUUGACGCCACCUUUUUUUUCAUUCCUGAAAAGAAAAAAAAACCCCGUUUACCCGAUGAUAGUGUCACGACCUCUACCAAUGCAGAUUUAAAGACCCUCAACCAGCUAUAUAACAUACAGGAUAGCGAAGAGUCUUCGCCUAAUCCAAGGAGAACGCUCAUUUAGAAACCGCAUAGCAUCGCAUUUCUUCAUUCGUUUUCAGGAUGGCAGCAGCACCUCGUUCUGCCACAGUCGCGCCUAGGGACACUCAGCAGUAUGCCCUCAGCACUGGCUCGCGUCCUUACCGGUCACACAAAGUCCGGGCAUGCGACUUAUGCCGAAAGCGCAAGUCUCGUUGUACGGUUGAUCUGCCCGGCCAGUCGUGCCUGUUGUGCAGAGUUCAGGGGGCAGAUUGCCAUUAUGGCGAGGACAAGUCCAACCUAAUAGACCAGUCGGCACCGACCACCAGCGCAGAAACCAAGCCCUGGAGCAUGCCUCCUGAUACCAAAGGGCUAAAGAGAACGCAUGAUGAGAUGAGCUCGGCAUCCCCUGCUAGAAAUCUGAUGGAGAUUCCGCCGGUUGCAUCUAAAGAAAACCUUGUCAAGUCCACUCCUAAAGCAGAGAAUGAACAAGGCUACAGGCACGGGCCCGGAGAGUCCGUACAUAUUGUCGGCCCGGUUGCCGCAGCAGAUGCGCAGGUUAUUGAACGGUACAGCGAACGGUCAAAUAACCACAGCCCAGACCGAAAGACGCCUUAUAAUGUCUAUUCCAACGACCCAAGAAAACCCAUUCUAUACACUACUGUAUCGAGGCGACGGCAGGGCCUCAGGACGACCGGAACCCCGGGCGAAAAUCAGCGGGAGAUUAUCGAGCAGGUAUUAGGCCCGUUCAAACACGAUCUAGUCAAGAUAUUCCUUGACAAAAUCAAUGCUUCUUUCCCAAUAUUUGACGAAGAAGCGUUUUUGAGCGGGUAUGAGGCUGAAGACGACAGUGUCCCACCCGCAUUGUUGUGUCAGGUAUACGCUACAUCAUUAAUAUAUUGGAAUCAAUCGCCGGUUCUCGCUCCUCAUCCAAAACCUGACGUCAGGUAUGCAGUUAACAUGGCCGUCGCUGCGCUCCAUGAAGAGUUUUCGGCUCCCGGGUUGUCGACUUUGACCGCAGCUUUGAUCGACCUAACGGGCAGGCCUAUCUUUUCUACUACGGGAAAUGCUAUUAACAGUGGCCGCACUGUGGCCCUUGCACACUGUUUAGGCCUUAAUCGAGAUCCGAGCAACUGGAAGCUCUCUCGUGCAGAAAAGAACCAGCGUAUUCGGCUUUGGUGGGGGGUUGUCAUCCAUGACAAGUGGGCAAGUUACGGCCAUGGGGUACCGCCUCAUAUCUCGCGGAACCAGUAUGACGUUCCUCUUCCCACAAUCAGCGUUCUGGUACCGCAGGCGAAUCCCACACAGCAAAGAGUCAGAACUGCACAUUGCUAUAUUGCUUUGUGUCAGCUAACUGAGAUUCUUGGCGAUCUUCUCCCUUUGGUAUACGGGCUCCAACCGAGACCUUCAAAAGAGACAUCGAAAAUUCUCAGGAGAAUGAGAUCAGAUUUGGAUCGGUGGGAAGACUCUUUGCCGGACUGGCUGAAAAUGCCACAAGAUCAAGACACACCGUCAACCUCGGGAGUCAGCAGCAUGCAGCUCGCAUUUUUGGCUCUCAAAAUGCUUGUUUGUAGAGUUGAACUCCAAGAAUGGCUACAGGAAGUUAACCCCUCAGACAACCCAAACACAGAGGCACGCCGAUACUUCCAGACGGAAUGUAGGAAGGCUGCGGAGGAAAUAGUUCAGUUCAUGCUCUCGCUCAGGAAACCGCAGUAUCAGGAGUUUUGGAUGUCCUACAGUUCAUACCACCUGACGUCGACAGCGACCCUUCUUGUCCGCUCUGCGCUAGAGACAUCCGAUCCGGAGAUUGCUCGAUCCUGUCUUAACAAUAUUUUGAGCAAGCACACCACCGAGGAGGUCGUGCAAGCGUCGGAGCUGAAUCGAAACGCAACCAUAAAUCACCACGGUUCUGAUGCUCCUGAAACCGUCGUAAUGACACCGUAUGAUCGAGCAAACCACAAUGAUAUUGUUGACGAUAUGAUGUCCAUAUCUGGUACGUUUGGGACGAUGGAUGGCUUUCCUUUUGAUAUGACCGGAAUCUGGGAUGUAUCUGGCCUACAAGACCAGGAUACCAACUUCAUAAACAUGACGCCGUUGCCUUAG